UCUACAUCACGUUAGUAUUGCUAUUUCUGGUUGCAGAAAGAAAACCCUAAAACCACAGAGAGAUUCAAAGUGAGAAAGAGACGGAGAAAGGGAGGGAAUUGGGUGGAUUUAAAAGGAGUUGUGGGUGAAGAUGUCUGCAACGGGUGCCGGUGCCGGUGGUGGUGGUGUUAGUGGUGGUCAAGAGGAGGACAAGAAGCCCAUGGACCAGCACAUUAAUCUCAAAGUCAAAGGCCAGGAUGGCAAUGAGGUGUUCUUUAGGAUUAAAAGAAGCACCCAGUUGCGGAAACUCAUGACUGCAUACUGUGAUCGUCAAUCUGUAGAGUUCAACUCUAUUGCAUUCUUGUUUGACGGGCGCAGACUCCGAGCAGAACAGACUCCAGACGAGCUUGAGAUGGAGGACGGUGAUGAAAUUGAUGCAAUGCUUCACCAAACUGGGGGUGGAAACUGCCCUUAACUUCGGAUCGGGCUACUCUAUGUGGAACCUGCGGCAUGGAGAGUUUAUGUCAAGUGCGAAGUUUCUUAUUUUGCUAUAACUAUGGAAAUAUUUUUAUAAUUAGCAAUGGAUCUGAUGCAGAAGUGAGAAAAGUUGAGUUGAGGUAUCAUGUACCGAUGAUACUUUGGACUUUUAAAUGCUUUGUUGUUGUCUUUUGGUACUACAAUAUGCUGUGAGUUAUUUUGAUA